AUGAGAACCAUGUCAAAAGUUAUAUGCUUCACUUUGAUAGUUUUUUUAGUGGCACUACAUGUUGAGUGCCGUUCUCUUCGCCAUAGUGUUUCUGAUGGGCUUGAUGCUGUUCAACCCCAUGAGUCUUAUGUGCAACUUAUAGAUGAAAAGGUUGAAUCUUCUUCUGAUGGUUCUUACUGUAAGCAAAUGUACGGGUUCUUGCCUUGUUCCAAUAACAUACUUGGCCAUCUUUUCCUCAUUUUGGUUUAUGAGUACUUGUUGUUCCAUGGAGAGUCAUACUUGGCUCUUGGGGGCGAGCAAAUCUUCAAGAUUCUUGGCCCUGGUGUUUUUGGCGCUAGUGCCUUUGAUAUUCUGGGUGCUCUUCCUGAGUCCUUAAUUCUUGUUGUUACUGGACUUUCAAGUGACAAGGAGAGUGCGCAAGAAUAUGCUUCCACUGGUGUGGGUUUGUUGGCUGGAUCGUCCAUCUUACUUCUAACAGUAGUGUGGGGAACAUGUGUUAUCAUUGGCAAUCAGAAGUUGAUAAAUGACUCUAACUCUGGAGGCUUCCAUUCAUCAAGUGGAGGAAUAAAAAAAUCACUAACUGCUCAUUCCCUUCAUUUACAGUCUUCUUUUGAUGAAUUUAUAGGUUAUGGUAUCACUAUGGAUGCAGAUACUAGAGAGAUGGCAAUAAUCAUGGUUUGCUCAGUUAUACCACUCAUCAUAAUGCAGAUUCCCCAUUUGUUCCACUUCUCUUCUACAUCACGCAAUGUGACCCUGAUGGUUGCUCUUACAGUAGCUGUUACUUUUCUUAUCUCAUACUUCAUUUACCAGGUCUUUAAACCUCAAAUAGAAAAAACUAGACUGGAGUAUAUUAAGCAUGAUGACUUAAUAUUAAGAAUUUUUCAACGUGUUGAGAAACAAACUCUGCAAAAGAUCCUGGCCGAGGAUGGAACUCCCAAUGUGGCUGCAAUAAGUGGGUUGUAUCAUGAAAUUAGUCAGCACGGGAGCAAGGACUUGUUGGCCUCCGAAGUGAAAGAGCUAUUGUUUGGGAACAAAUUAACUGACACAGAUAUCAAAGAGGAACAGAUAGCAGACUUGUUAAAAGUUUUUGACCGAAAUGGUGACCAAAUUAUAACCAAGGAAGAGUUUGUCACUGGUUUAACAGAAUACAUUAACCAAACAAAGCAUGCCUUGGAUAGACAAUACCUUCCAAAAGAAUCUCUGAACAAAAUGUAUCAGACUUUUAUCAAGCCAUGGAUUGAACACGUGAGAAAGGAACGUGAAUUGAAGGGACAUCUUAUAUCCGAAGUCCUAAAGCAUGCUCAGAAUGAUAUGGUUGGCAAGCUGCGAAAAGAUGAUGGCACACCUGACAAAACUGCAAUCAGAAGGUUGUUUGAGGAAAUUGAUGUUAAUGGGGAUAGCCACAUUUCAAGGUCUGAAUUAAAAAAAAUAGUCAAGGGCAUCCAGUUUAGCAAGGUUGUAGAUGCUGAGGAGGCAGUUACAAAACUUGCUCAAGAUCUUGAUAUCAAUCAAGACGAUGAAAUUAGUGAGACCGAGUUUACAGAAGGUUUUACAAAAUGGAUAACCUCAAAUUCCAGCCAAGCUGCUAACUCAAAACCUUCAUCUCAGGCAAUUCAUCAAACCUGGGAAGAUGUUGAAAAGGUAAUGGAAGAGAAUCAGACCAAAGGGGCUUCUGCAUGGUUGACCGCUAUAGGAUAUGUGGUCUUGGGAGUUACUAUCCUGUCUCUUCUUGCAGAGCCCUUAAUAGCAAGUGUUCAAAAAUUCUCUGAAAAAGCACGAAUUUCAUCAUUUUUUAUCUCAUUCAUUUUAGUCCCCCUGGCAACAAAUUUUAGAGAAGCAACAUCAGCAAUCAAAGAAGCUAGCCAUAAGAAGAGCAGUAACACUUCUCAGACAAUGUAUGAGAUUUAUGGAGCAGUGUUCAUGAACAACAUUCUUGGCUUUGUGGUGAUCUCUAUUCUCAUAUACAUGCGUGAGAUCACUUGGCAAUUCUCAGCUGAUGUACUGGUUGUGGCAAUAGUUUGUGCAGUAAUGGGCCUCACUGCUAGAUUUCGUCCCAUUUUUCCUCUUUGGACAUCCUUCCCUGCAUACCUCAUGUACCUAAUAGCAUUGCUUAUGGUCUUUGUCCUCAAAGAUGUUCUCAAUUAUGUUUAG